GGAAGGGGUGUCCCGGAACUUUUUUAUUCUAAUUUUAAAGUCCUUGAAACAAGGGGAAGAAAAGACUGUGGUAUUAUAAGAACUAGACUUAAGAAAAAGAAAUGGAUGUGUAAAUUACAUUUUAUACUGUCAAGCCUGGAUAUCAGUACUUUCUGCAUCCUGUGUGUAUCUUCAAUAACAAAAAACAUUCAUUAUGUCGUAGUUUCUUAGUUUUGUAAGAGUAGCUUACUCGCUAAAUCUGAUACAGGCUUGCAAGUAAUGAGAUUGUGAUGACACUAUCGUUACUCUUUUGUGACAUAAUAAUGUAUCUUUCUCUAUGGUAUCAAACAUUUAAGAAAGUAGUAACAAUUGAAAAAAGAAACAGUUUUGCGUCUUGUCUUUUACUAAUGAGCAUUGUCUGCUGUGUAUCAGUAAAGAAGCCUUUUAGAAAAAGAGGAGGAAGGAAACCAUGAGUAUCCGAGUGUGGUCGGCCUUUACACGUUGAGGAGAAUCUUAGCCGUAAAAGGGAGCAAUAUUAGAAGCAAAACGACCAAUUUAAAGACUUGAGCAAUUGGUUGUUCCUAUACAUCCAACUUCGAUAAAAACCG